CUACCUUGCGUGUACCCAGAGAAGCAGCUCACCUGUUCAUUUGCUACCUGGUGGACGGAGAAGCAGGUGCCAUGGACAGGUCGUCCCAGUGUUGGCGUGCCCUUCACCGUCUUGGGACACUUCACUGGGGGAUCUGCUGCUUCUAGGGCGCCAUGGGGAGUGGGAUCAGCAAGAGCGGGGCGGAAGGAGUGCCCCUGGAUACGAUAAAGGCACACACAGACUGCAUCAACUGCAUGGCUCUCUCCGAAGACGCCUCUCUGCUGGUGACUGGCUCUGAUGACACGACGGCCAAGAUGUGGAGCACCAAGACGGAUUGUGUGGAGGAUCUGGGCACGCUGGAGGGCCACCAAAGCUUCAUUCAGUGCGUGACUAUUUACGACACGUACGUCAUCACGGGUUCCAAGGACGCCACCCUCAAACUCUGGGACAUGGGUACGAUGGAGUGCUUGUUUACGUACGAGGGACACACUAACAGGAUAAACCGCCUCAUCUGCACCGGGGAAUUUAUUUUUAGCACAUCCCACGACAAGACAGCGAGGGCGUGGCUCUUUGACACCCAGGACGUGGAGGACCCGAGCGAUGCAUGCAUAAGGACGUUUGAGGGACACACCUCAGUCGUCUCACCAAUAAUCUUCGUCCCCGGCACCUCAAUAGGCAUUCCUGACGAGAAAGGAAUGAACAUCAACCCGACAGACAAGGUGGUCACUGGCAGCUUCGACAACACAGCACGAGUUUGGUCCUUCGAUACUGGAAUCUGCUUGAAGGUGCUGAAGGGACACCGUAUGCCAAUCACCUGCAUGGACACUGAUCCCAAAGGCACCAUCUUGUACACGGCGGGACAAGACAAGGCCAUCAUUGCUUGGGACAUCGCCAGGGGACACAUCAUGAAGCGAGUAGACGAUGCUCACGCUGGGGCCAUCCUGCACCUACGCGUGGUGAACCGGCUUGCCUACACGUGCAGCACAGACUACACCGCCAAGUGCUGGGUGAGGGAGGGCCUGGAGAACACGAGAACCUACAAGGAACACACCGAUUCUGUUAUCACUGCGAGGUUUCAUAAUGGGAUACUAUACACAGCGAGCAAUGACGGACUGGUGCGGGCCUUCGAUGCAAAGAGUGGCGCUCUCAAGAGGAAGUUUAAGGGGCAUGACAGUGGAGUGACGUGCAUGGUGGUGUGCGUGAAGGAGCAGGAGGGAGAGGUCUUCACGUGGAUUGUCUCUGGGGGGAAUGACAACACCAUCAAAGUGUGGAAUGCAACAGGACUCAGUGAGGAGUUCCCGGACGUGCCUCAGCCAAGCCACGAGUACGACUUCACGCAGGAUGAACGACUAGACGACCUCGACAGACGACUGGACGACUACUUGCCCAACUCCCCGCCCCCUGAUGACGAGUCCCUGGAAAUACUGGACUCGUAAAGGGAGAGGAGAGCGGAGUGAGAGGGUGAAGAGGCAGAGACAACAGAAAACGGAAGAAUUUGUGGAAGCGUGAAGAGGAAACGGGGCUAGAAGAGAGAAUGGGAAGAAAACGAGGCGAAAAGAGAGAAUGGGAAGAACACGGGACGAGAAGAGAGAAUGGGAAGAAGAAAACGGGACGAGAAGAGAGAAUAGGAAGAAAAAAAAACAGGAUAAGAAGAGAGAAUGGAGAGAAAAUGAGGUGAGAGGCGAAGUGAAAGAACGGAAAAGAGGACGAAUAAAAGAAAACGAAGGAAAAUGAAGGUUACAAAGAGGACAAAGAGGAGUGACUAAAAAAAAAAGAAAAUAAGGGAAUGAAGUGAUAGAAGAAUAGUAGGAGGAGAGAAGAAGCGAAGGAGUAAACAGUGAAAAGACACCAAAACUAUUAUUCUCUUUACAAAUACUUCACUUUUCUCUGUUGAAGUUUGCACAAGUAAAAGAGAAACUUCCAUAA